CUUGGCAUUGCGGAACCUGGAGUCCAUGUUUACACAAGGGAGAGAGUUCACUUGGUAAACCUCAAACUGACGGCGAAACAUGCUGCAACCCUUUCUAAUCGUCCUCAGCCUGUUACCAUGGUUCCCAGCCUUCCUCUGCAGGGUAACCACCGAGGGGGAGCAUGCAGUUAUGGAGGGUCAACCUCUCACAGUCCCGUGUCAUUAUGGGCCUCAGUAUGCCGGCUAUGUAAAAUACUGGUGUCAGGGGAAGAUGAGGGAGUUCUGCACCAGUUUAGCUCGAACAGAUGAGCCCCGUUCGGCCAAUCCAGCUGAGGAGAAAGUGAGCAUCUUUGACGACCCGGUCCAGCUGGUGUUCACUGUGACCAUGAGCAACCUGAAGGAGGGGGACUCUGGGUGGUACAUGUGUGGCGUGGAGAUAGGUGGUGCGUGGAGCGCUGAUGAUGUUGCUUACACUAACAUUAAGGUCAUUCAUGGCAUGUCAGUGGUGAACAGCCGCCUGAUUGGGGAAGAAGGGAGUAGUAUCACAGUUGAAUGCCACUACAGUGAGAGAUACAGAGAAAGCGAGAAGAAGUGGUGUCGGAGCGGAGACUGGAGCUCCUGUCUGCUGACAGGUUCUGACGGGAGCUACGAAGACACUUCCGUGGCCAUCAGCGAUGACAGAACUAGGACUUUCACUAUAACCUUAAAGAAGCUGCAGAUGAGAGAUACCGGCUGGUACUGGUGUUCCGCAGGACAGCAGCAGAUAGCUGUGCAUGUGCUGGUCACACCCCGACCCACGACUGCAGCAGUAUCUGUGACAUCCACACCUAAAACAAGUCAGUCUGUUGCAUACCUGCCUCCACCCAAACCCAUCACUAAGGAGUCCUGGAACAGUCACAGCCACAUCUUGGAGUCGUUGCUGGUGUGUGCUUCUAUAAUGCUCCUUGUGGGCUUGGUCAUAUUGGCGAGAAAAUUGUGGAAACAGCACAAGCAGGAUCCUGUGCUGAGACAAGUUAAGGAGAUACAAGCAAGGCACAAUGAGUACUCGGGUGACCUGCAAAACUCUGCUGUCGUUUUCCUUAACAGGGACUCCCAGGAUGUACGUAUCUACUGAGCUUUAUCAGUGCAGGGUUUAUUUUUACUCUUUGUAACCGAAUUUCAUUUUUUGUCAGUUCACUGCACACAGCACAUGCUUUAUUUCCAGUGUUUUUUGUAUAUAACAUACCAGCACAACACAUGUUUUCUGUUCACUGCUUUACAUAAUGCAACUGCUAUAGGCUGGAGAUCUGAUGUUAUAUGUGAUAUUAUGUAAUCAUCGUAGUGUAUUGUAUUUUUGUUGAAAUUUGGGGAUUUUAGCAAAUUGGUGGGGUUUACAUUCUGCAAUUAAACUUGUACUUUUUGCUGAA